UCAUGACGUUUGAAUUAUUGAUGGACCGGCGUGUAUUGAUUGUGCGUUUGGAAACCUUGACGCGGAAACAAGAAUGGCGGCUUUGCAAACUUUGGUUUGCGUUAUAGCAGGAGUAAUCUUUCGACUGUGGCUUUACAGAUCGUUUCUUCCAGAAUGGCUUUCCACGAGAGCUGAAAUUGUGACUCCAACGACAUCAUGGGAGAGAGCGAUGGAAGGCCUGUCUUUGAAGCAGAGUUUCAUCUCUCCUUAUUCCGGAGACCUUUUUCACGAGACCCCUUUGAUGCUGAGGAUCUUGGGCUUUAUGAACAAGUUUUCACAAAAUAGUAUAAAUUUAAUGUUUGUGGGUCUUGAUUUGGUGUGUGCUAUUUUGCUGCUGAAAAUCUCAAAAAUGUUUGGAGGAUAUUUGCUGGUGCAUCAGGCCCGCAGUGUCAAGAACUACGCCACUGAUAUUGAUAGCCUGAUCCUGCGCAGUGAGGACCUACACUCUGUCCAAUUUUUGGUCACUAUAGCACACGCUUUCAAUCCAUACUGUAUAGCAGCCUGCCUCGCUAGGUCUACCGCCAUUUUCAACAACCUGGCUCUACUGUUUACUAUCUACUACUUGCUGAAGGGUAACAAAAUUAUGUGUGGAUGUUUUUUGGCGAUAGCCUCCUACCUCACCAUGUAUCCCAUCAUCCUCUUGGCUCCAGUGGCCAUUUUCUUUUACCAGCGCUCUUAUCCUACCUGUGUGUCCUACACUGACCCCCGUGCCCUGUCCAGCUACGUCCAGACUAGUGUGAUCACCCUGGUGUGGUUAGCAGCAUUCAUUGGAGCAUCUGCAUUCCUAGAGGAAUCUUGGGAUUUCCUUAACUCAACUUAUGGCUUUACGUUGACUGUGCCAGAUCUGACACCAAACCUGGGUGUUUUCUGGUAUUUCUUUACCGAGAUGUUCGAGCAUUUCCGAACUUUCUUCAUCUGUGUGUUUCAAAUCAAUGUCGUCAUCUACACCUUUCCACUCUCCAUCAAACUCCGAGAACACCCAGUUUUCCUGUUGUACCUGCUGAUAUUUCUUAUCGGUAUAUUUAAAUCAUACCCCAGUUUUGCUGAUGUGGGGCUAUUCCUGUGCUUACUACCCUUAUGGAAACAUGUAUUCUCAUACAUGCGUAAUACGUUUGUUGUGACGUGCAUGUUCGUGUGUACGACUGUGUUUGCGCCGAUUCUCCAUCACCUCUGGUUAUAUGCGGGCAGUGCCAAUGCAAACUUUUACUUUGCCAUAGCUUUGGCAUUCUCAACAGCUGAGAUAUUCCUAGUCACCGACCUUCUAUUUGCAUUCCUGCGACGGGAGUUUGACAUGCAUCAUGGGAAAAAGCACAUCAUGCCCGACGGUGCAGAGGGACAGGUCAUACUGGACUAAAGAGCAACACUUAUCGUCCAGUGCUAUCAUGUUUGUUUAAUAAACUUGGUGAUAGACUUGAGAAAGCUUGUGUGAUAAGGAUGAAGACAAUGAGCUGGAACUCUGAGUGAAAAUAAAUCCUAGAGUUACGUCCCUUGUAAGAAAUAUCUCUGCAACAUUCACUCAUCGCCUGUUGGGCCAGAGUUGUUUAUUUAUGAAAUAGGGACGAACCUUGUGGUCUGAUGUUCGCUUUACGAAAGCCUUGACAAAGAAUUACGAGGUCUUCGUCAACAUUUGCAUGUUUGCCAGGCUGAACUCCUGAAAAUGUUUCAUUUGAACAAAAAGGCCCACACAGUUCUGUCUUUUGAUCAGGUACUUGCAUUGAUGGUUUAAAAAAAACCUAGACCAGAAUUAUUUCAUUUAGAAAUAGUGACACACCUAUUGGUCUUUUGAUGUUUUCAGGUGAGCUUAAGAGAAGAGGAGUUUCAGAUGUAGCAGGCUUUACCUCUGAAAAAUGUAGCAUUCAAAUAUAAAAUAUAAACUUUAUUUAUUUAAAAACAUUAUGAAACAAGUUUUUUGAACUUAUAUCAAUCAUUGUUUGUCGGCCAGGAUGUUAGCGUGCAGGAAUCUGAAUGUGGGAGGAAUUCAGAGUUCCUGGAGAUAGCCCACAUGGUUGGGCAGAUGACCCCAUACCUUUUCACGUGCAGUCGGGGAAUGGAACCCGGCCGCCUUGGUGAUCCUUCUGAAUAAUAAAAACAGACCCCAGAUGUAUUACCUGGUAGAUGAUUUACAUAAAAAAAUAAAGAACAGCCAUUUUUUUCUACCAGUCAAUGGCUAGAGUUACUGGACAAGUUUUCCAAUUGAAAACAGUAACCGCGCUGACCUGUUAAUAGGAUAAAGUCCUCAGGUGGACAAUGUUCAAGGCCUUAUAUGUUGCAAUUUUGGAAAGGAAAGGAAAAUAUGUACAACUGAAAUAUGUGGAGCUCACAAAUACAAGCUGACUCGGAGAGUUUUUAUGAACAAAAUGCUAGGUAAAACCGCCAAAAAAAGAAAUGACCAUGACUGUUUCAUGUGACUCUGUACAGCAACUGUACAGGUGUACUUGUAUUUAACCCACAGAAAUUGAAAUGAAUAAUAAAAAUGGCUUGGUUGUUGAGAAAUAGAAAGGAAAUUUGGCAUCAGCAAAAUUUCUCAGUCGCAAAUAAUUGGUAAAUAUUCUGCCAUGAUGUUAAUUACUUUUAUAAAUUAUUAAUUUAAAGUAAUAGAAAUACUUAAUAUGUGUAUAUCAAGAUCAUAUAAUUUAUUACAGUUUUGCCUGUGAAAUAUCAAAUUUUAUUAACUUGAUAAAACUGAUAUCUUUCACACUGUGACAGAUAUCAAAAUCGUUGUUGUCGAGGGUGACACCAUUAAAAUAUUACGCUAAUGAUUACACUAUUAAAUCACAAACAGCUUUGAUUCAGUAACAUUUUCGUUGUUGAAGGUAGUUUUGAAUGAAACAAAUACAAAAUUCAAUGGUUUGCUGUUAUAUACUAUAUAUUUUACUUGUAUACUGUAUUUUCACUCAUGCUAUGCACUCGUGUACAAUUUUGGUAUGGCUAUGCUGCCGUACUGGUGAAAUGUUAUAUGGUAUUCAAAAGAAAAUUAAUCCAGCCUACUUGUUUCAGAGUUUGGCUAGUAUGUAAGUUGGGGGAUAUUUUUUGUUGUGGUCAAUUUAUAUGUAGAAUUGACUAUUGAAUCAUGAUAUCACAUACAACGACAAUCCCAUCUUGAGUGGUAAUUUAUGCGGCAGAACAUGUUUUAUGUUGCACCAUACUGUUUAGAGUAGGGAGUGUAAUUAGAUGUAUUGUCAACUUGAUUGGAUCUCUCCUAUUAAUUGACUUCUGUAUUACAUGUUUUAUGUAAUGUUUAAUAGCUAGUAUAGUAUUACCUAGUGGAUUUCACUGUUAGCAAAUUUAUUGUUUUGACCAAAAGUUAAAGAAAGCAAAUAACUCCACGAAAGGAAGGAUGUAAUGUAUUGUCAUCUUCAUUGGAACUCUCCUAUCUUGAAGUUGAUACAUGACUAGUGCUUGGCCUACCAUGGUGUCCUUUCUUAUGCAUUCCAAAGAGAGCAGAAUCAGUGCUUUGAGGAUGAGAAUGAUAAACUUUGUCUUAAUGGAUAUAUAGUGCUGUCAUAUUUUUAUAUGAAUCUCCUUUUUAAUUAAAAAUUCAAAUUUAUAACUACUUGUAAAAUACCUUUAAUGAUUUACUGUAAAGUAGCAAUUUUCACGUUCAAUAAACUACAGCAAAAAUAUGCAGAUGACAAUAUUUAUUUAAAGAUUAUAGAAGAUCUUGAUAUCAUAACGAUUUCCAACGUGAAAAUUCCCACAUCAGUCACAACGUGAACAUUUGUACCUGUAAGGAUUUCACUAUUAAAUACAGUGUACUAUUUAAUUCUGACUUGGCCUGUCAUUUGCUGACAUAUUUGAAGGUACACUUUGUAUGCAAGAAUGCGUGUAUAAAUGACAUUACGAUAUAUAUACAUGUGAAUUAUUAACAAAAUGCUAGUUAAGUUAUUCUUUAGGUUAUAGCAAAUCACAGGUGAAAUAAUGUAAGUCAUUAAGCAUUACUUAUCAUCGAAACCCAUGGGGUCGGUUCUUGAAAAACAUAUCUUCUCGAGAUCUGCACCCCUACAUAGUCUAUAUGUCAUGACAAAAGCGAAGGCUCAUGGUAAGAUAAUUGAUUGGUUUCACGUACAAAAAUAACCUGACCGAUUGCUAGGCUGAUACCUGUCCUUUGAAGAAUACAGAGGAGCUAAACCCAACGUCAAAGCCUUUCAAUUUUACCUUGGCACUACACGCUAUUCCUUUGAUCUUAUCUACUUGUAAAAUUUGAAAGAUGUUGCUUAACUCAUUUAUCCCUCAAAUGUCAUUCUGAACUAUUCCAGCCUUUGAAAUGGAGAAGUUUAAAUGCUUUUUCAGGGGUGAAUGAGUUUGAGAGUCUUCGAUUUUGUCCCGAUAUAGUCCAUGGGUGCAGAGGAGAUAUAUUUAUUGUGAGCAGAAUCGCUGGGUUUCAAGGAUACACUUUAUAGCCCUGUUAAUUAUUGGUUGAUGAUAAGAUAUUUAGAUACGUCAGGAAAGUCAUGUCAGAUACACUUAUAUACAUGUAAAUGUUUGUUUUCAAAAAUGCUGUUGAAUGGACAUUUAAUCCAAAAUAUUCAAAUCAAAAAAGAAUUAUGGUGUGUGUUUCAAUACAAGUAAUGUCAACGCAAUUUUGACCUGUAUCAUGAACAACACGUAAUUGUCGGCUUACUAAGGGACAGUUUGAGUGCUGCAUAUGAUUAUGAUUUAAAUAAAAUAUCCCCUGAUAUUUCACUUUGUAAAACUAUCAAUCUGAUUAAAAUCAUCUGUUACAUGGCUCUGCCUGAACUUUUGCCAGCGCGCCUCUGAUUGGUCCAUC